CAAACCUGCAAUCUACAGCACAUGCAAAGGUGUGCUUAGGAUUCGUUGCGUUUUUGCCCUUUGCCACUGAGAGCCACAUCUGAGGGCUGCUUUUGGGAAUGAAUUCUAUGACCGUGCUGCAGUGUCAGAAAGUGAUGUUUUAUCUGAGCUAAAAUGUACACCCUUGUGCAAAUUAAUCGAAGCAAGUUAUUGCAUCUAUAUGCACACAGAUUGACCACAGUUAAGGCAGACAUCAGUCACAUUAAUUCAUAUUUAUCACCUUGGGGCCAUAUUUAGGACCUGGUGGAUUGAUAAAUCCACAAUUGAAUAACCCAGGAUGGGGGGGCCAAUCCAUCAGAGGGCACACGGACAAUUCAUGCCUAUGGAGAACUUGGCAGCUCCAGUUAACCUUAGCAUGUUUUUGGACUGUGGGGGAAUUCCAGAGGACCCGGGGGAAACCCCAUGACAACACAGGGAGGCCCCCAAACCCCAGAGCAUUCACUGGCGAAACACACAUGGGCGGCUGGUACACAGUCAUACCACCCAGCUCUAACCCCACCCAAGCAGACCUGCCAGUCUGUGGACACAGUGCCUCCUCUCUCCAUCCACUCAGCUCUAACCCCACCCGAGCAGAUCUGCCAGUCUGUGGACACAGUGCCUCCUCUCUCCAUCCACUCAGCUCUAACCCCACCCGAGCAGACCUGCCAGUCUGUGGAUACAGUGCCUCCUCUGUCCAUCCACUCAGCUCUAACCCCACCCGAGCAGACCUGCCAGUCUGUGGAUACAGUGCCUCCUCUCUCCAUCCACUCAGCUCUAACCCCACCCGAGCAGACCUGCCAGUCUGUGGACACAGUGCCUCCUCUCUCCAUCCACUCAGCUCUAACCCCACCCGAGCAGACCUGCCAGUCUGUGGACACAGUGCCUCCUCUCUCCAUCCACUCAGCUCUAACCCCACCCGAGCAGACCUGCCAGUCUGUGGAUACAGUGCCUCCUCUCUCCAUCCACUCAGCUCUAACCCCACCCGAGCAGAUCUGCCAGUCUGUGGAUACAGUGCCUCCUCUCUCCAUCCACUCAGCUCUAACCCCACCCGAGCAGACCUGCCAGUCUGUGGAUACAGUGCCUCCUCUGUCCAUCCACUCAGCUCUAACCCCACCCGAGCAGAUCUGCCAGUCUGUGGAUACAGUGCCUCCUCUCUCCAUCCACCCAGCUCUAACCCCACCCGAGCAGAUCUGCCAGUCUGUGGACACAGUGCCUCCUCUCUCCAUCCACUCAGCUCUAACCCCACCCGAGCAGACCUGCCAGUCUGUGGACACAGUGCCUCCUCUCUCCAUCCACUCAGCUCUAACCCCACCCGAGCAGACCUGCCAGUCUGUGGAUACAGUGCCUCCUCUCUCCAUCCACCCGGCUCUAACCCCACCCGAGCAGACCUGCCAGUCUGUGGAUACAGUGCCUCCUCUCUCCAUCCACCCGGCUCUAACCCCACCCGAGCAGACCUGCCAGUCUGUGGACACAGUGCCUCCUCUCUUCAUCCACUCGGCUCUAACCCCACCCGAGCAGACCUGCCAGUCUGUGGACACAGUGCCUCCUCUCUCCAUCCACUCGGCUCUAACCCCACCCGAGCAGAUCUGCCAGUCUGUGGACACAGUGCCUCCUCUCUCCAUCCACUCGGCUCUAACCCCACCCGAGCAGACCUGCCAGUCUGUGGACACAGUGCCUCCUCUCUGCAUCCACUCAUCACACUCUCUGCCCUGUUGGCUGUGCAAACCAGCAGGUCCCAGGCCACUGCAUGCAUGUCUGUGUGACAACUUGUUUCAAUUCAAAUCAUGCACAAGGGUGUCCACUUUGUCUUCUGACACCAGGAGUGGAACAUGUGUAAGCUGACAGUCCCACUUGAUAAUACAAUUUGAUAGGCACUGAUAUACCUGCCUGUAUUGUGGCAAAGAUUUCAGAAUAUUAACGAACAUUAAUAUAACAGAAAGUGACACUAAUGACAGAAGAUCUAAUUAAGGAGGAAAGGCCAAAAACUGGAAUUAAACAAGAGAUGGAAAAGCUA